UAUCUUGUAUUAUGACUACAUACUUCUCCGGCGAAUAGCGUAUAUACUAAUGGGUUAUCAAGGAGUCGAUAAUAGAUUAAAAACUUAUCAAUCCCCGAAGCACGAAAGUUUCAUUUGUUACGUUGAGUAACAGUAAAGUGAACGAAGGCUAGGGUAUAUCUACGAGCGCUGAUUAGAUGUCGUAACAGAAUGACUGACAUACUUGUACGUAACACGUGCCGUCCAUUACACUUAUCGCGGCAGCACUAUGUUUCGCCGGAGAUAAAAGUCGGAAAAUAAUUGGAUAAAGGUGAUCGCACGUGCCACGUUUUCAUAAUCCGACCAGGAAAGCGUCGAGCGCCAAUUUCAUCGGGGAUGACGGACGAGAGGCACGACCGAGAGGAAGGAGCGAGUCCAGAGCCGAGACAGUCCGUAUCCCCCUUUCGUUCUGCUUCACGCACUCCCGCGUGGAGAGCAAGGGCGGCAGGACGGAGCGUGGAAGAGGCGGAGGAAGGACGCGCGAGCGCAGGACGAGGAGAGAUUCGCCGGAGAGCACCCGACCUCCACCUUGGUCGCCACGCAUCGUGGAAUUCGCAUUCGGGGAAGAAGCUCUUCUCCACCACACCUCGCCUCACCGGCGCUCGCUUCAGCGCUCGCUGCUGCUUUGCAUUUUACACUGGCGUUGAGAUUUGGUCGUUAGAUUCGCCGAUGCACCAUCGUUCCGGCCCUCCUCUCACCGAACGCACCGGCGUCGUCCUCCUCCUUCAGGAACGAAGCGUCUCCUCGCGGACGGCUCUCAAAUUGGUUAACAUUCCUUUUGUUAAAUUUUGUGCUUCGUUCAUAUAUGGCUUCGUAAUAACAUAUUGUUUAUAAGCAAAUUUUGAUCUAGCUAUUGUGAUCUAUCUCAAAUGUGUGUGUAUAUACAUAUAAUUCUAAAUUUUUCCAAACUAUGUUGUUCCAAACUAUUUGUAAAACAUUAAUUUGCAUUCUUGUGUUUCUCAGAUGAAUAUAUUUUAAAAUUCGAAGCUUAUUUUGCAAAGUUUUCUAUUAUUUAGUAUAGUGUUACAUAUGUUAAGCAAAUGUAUGAUAAAAUGUGUACUACAAUUAUGAUGAAAUUAAAUUUAUAUGAAAA